AUGGAAGCCGAAGCCAAAACAGAAGACUCGUCGCUGUCGAGCACCCUCGCUCCCGAUUCCACGUCCAUGGCGACAACGGCGGCAGCGACAACAAUGUCGGACGAGCCAGAGGCCAAGAAGCGCAGGUGGUCCAACUACUACGUGAUUGUCCGGUGCAGCCAAGACCACCUCUUCACCACCAUCUGGGUGCCGUAUUUCUCGCUCAAGGCCGGCCGGUUCGGCUCGCAGCGGCUGCAGUGGUGCCCGGUCGGUCGCCACAUGACUCUAAUCAGGAGAGUCUAUGUCGAGGAGCUGACGGAGACGGACCGGGAGCGGGCGGCGUCGUGCAUCGACAUGCGCGUGCCGUAG